AAUAAGUCAUCGCGAAGAGGAAGCGAGGAGGCGAGCUGCGAGGAGGCUAGAAUGAUCGCGUCUGGAUUUUCUACCGAUGCGUUCGGCUGCUCGGGGCCGAGACAGAUACACAGCGCUUCCGCAGCCCUCAGCACAAUCGCGUGUAUUAUAUAACUGGUGCAAAAGUGACUUCCGAGCAUUGACCCCUUGCUUUUGAUAUUUUUUUUGUAUUAUUAUUAUUACCAUUAUUUUUUAUUUUUUUGCAGCGAUGGCUUGAUCGCUCCAUCAUCAGAAAGCCUGACGCGCUCUUGAGAGUGACAUCGUCUCUCGAGAACGCGCAGUUUUCUCCAUCCCGAUCAGCGCGGACUUAUGCCCACUUGGCUCUCAUCAAAACUCUUGGUCCGGUUAGUAAUCCUGAUCUGAAUGUCCGCCGCACCCGAAGCCAUGGCAGGGAAAGAGGAGCAGCUUUACGCCAAAGUGACUCCACGCAGGCAGAGGCAGAGCCGCGCUGGAACCCUGAAACACGGCUCAAGCCUGGACGUGCUCCUCAGCAUGGGCUUUCCCAAGAGCCGGGCGCUGAAAGCAUUGGUUUCGACCGGUGGCAGAAAUGUACAAGCAGCCUGCGACUGGUUAUUCUCUCAUGUGGACGACCCGUUUCUUGACGACCCCUUGCCAAGGGAGUUUGUGUUGUACCUACGCCCAAGCGGACCGCUGCUCCAUCAGCUUUCCCAGUUCUGGCAGCAGAGUCGUGCUAUGUGUGGCAAAAACAAAGCUCAUAAUAUUUUUCCUCAUAUCACGCUCUGCCAGUUCUUCAUGUGUACGGACGCUAAGGCCGAGGCACUGUGUGAGGCUUUGCAAACUGUCGUGGGACAGUGGCGAGGCCGUUUCCCCUCCCCCCUUCCGCUGGAGCUCUACAUCUCUUCCAACUUCAUUGGACUCUUUGUUGAUGAGAAGAUAGCUGAGGUGCUAAAGAGCUUUGCAGCUGAUUUUGCCACUGAGGCUACUGCCAAAGCUGACGUCCAUGUGGAGCCACAUAAGAAGCAGCUUCAUGUAACUCUGGCGUACCAUUUCCCAACCAAUCACCUCACCUCAUUGGAAAAGCUAUCUAGGGGAGUGGACGUGUCUCUGGGCUGUGAUUGGCUUGCCGUUCUUUUCUCAAGGGACAUCCGAUUUGCCAAUCAUGAGACAUUGCGGGUGAUGUAUCCAUACACUCCCCAGAAUGAGGAUGAACUAGAAUUGGUACCAGGAGACUUCAUCUUUAUGUCUCCAGUGGAGCAGGGUAGUGCCAGUGAGGGAUGGGUUUAUGGCACAUCUAUGGGCACGGGUCUCUCCGGCCUGCUACCUGAGAACUACGUCAGCAGAGCAGACGAAUGUGACACAUGGGUGCUUCAUGGGUCCCACUCUUUCCUUAACUGCACCUCCCCAACUGUGAGCAGUGGUGCAGUAGGUGGACCUUUUUUUGAUGGACAGCUGGAUGGACGUCUCCUUGAUGACCACGGUUCAAUGGAACAUCUUGUAUGUCAUCCAAUGCAGAUGCUGCGGACCGAUAGCCAGUCUCGACUGCCCAAGAGAACACUUUUUGUGUGUCGCCAUGGUGAGAGGAUGGAUGUGGUGUUUGGAAAACACUGGAUUACUCAGUGCUUUGAUGCCAAAGGUCGUUAUGUACGAUCCAACCUCAAUAUGCCGAGUAGUCUUCCAGUGCGAAGUGGAGGGUGCAGGGAGUAUGAUAAGGACUGUCCUAUCACUGUGUUUGGAGCCACACAGGCUCGAUUAGUGGGAGAGGCCUUGUUUGAGAGUCACACAGUGAUUGACUUUGUGUACUGCUCACCCUCCUUGCGAUGUGUGCAGACAGCCCAUAAUAUCCUCCGAGGGCUUCAGCAGGAUGGAAAGACUAAAAUCCGAGUUGAGCCUGGACUCUUUGAGUGGACUAAAUGGGUAUCGGGGUCCUCCUUACCCAACUGGAUUCCACCUACUGACCUGGCAGCUGCUAACUUUAGCGUGGACACAACCUACAGACCUCAUAUUCCUAUCACCAAGUUGACUGUGUCAGAAUCGUACGACACGUACAUCACCCGCAGUUUCCAAGUGACUCGGGAAAUCCUAGCCGAUUGUAAAGCCCUGGGAAACACAGUGCUGAUAGUGGCCCACGCUUCGUCUUUAGAGGCCUGUACACGCCAGAUGCAGGGCCUCAGCCCACAGAACGCCAAAGACUUUGUACAAGUGGUCCGAAAGAUCCCUUACUUGGGUUUCUGUGCCUGUGAAGAGAUGGGUGAGACGGGGGUGUGGCAACUUGUGGACCCACCCAUCCUGCCCCUGACUCAUGGGCCCAAUCACAGCUUCAAUUGGAGGGAAACUCUGCUGCAAGACUGAGACGCCUUCUUUCGGUUAGCUCGCCUUUUAGCUGGUCUUGCCAAUGGCAGCUGAGAAACACGCUGUCACUUACUCUCUUCUUCCACUCUGUGGCGCUCCUGCACCAUUACAUUUUACACAGAGCAAACACAGGCUUCCAUCCAGCAGCCUCUCUGCUGCACUAUUCCACUUUCUUACUAUCUGUACGUCUGUGUGUAGCAGCAGUGAUGUCUGUGUUCAUAACUACGCUCAUACAAUUAUGCCAUGCCCUUAUUAUUGGGCAUGGCCACUGCUUGGCUGUCAUCGAUUAGUGUAAAGUUUCAGGCUGCAAUGUACGUAGAGUAGCUGAUUGCUUCCAUGGGUUUUCCAUCUCAGCAAGAGUUUUCAUGCCAGCUGCACCGAAAGUACAUCACCCGACGCUUCCAAGAUGGCCGACCUUCUAAACAGCCUUGCUCACCCUCGUAAAAACUGAUGCAGCAAAGGGAACAUGGCCGCCGCCAAACACACUGUGAGAAAAGCAGACAUGUUCAGCAUUUUGCACCAAGCUUCCAGGCUACUUUUCAAAUAUCUUGUCAACAGGAAUCAAGCACAAGAGACGAAACUCAAGCAUGACAAUCAGAAAGGAGUGGAGCGGUUUAAAAGGAGCUGACAUGUCCUCUCAGACACAGAGUUCGCCUCAGGAUGAAGUUGGUAUAGGGCUUAUUUUAGCAGUUCAUUACUUUUGCAUGCAAAAUAUGAAUAAACCAGGGUUUCACAAACUAUUGGCAGUCGGGGUCUUCUUUAAAUAUGAAAGAAAUUCUGUGCCACUACUUGAAUUUAACCCAACUAUUCAAUUAAGGACAAUUAAAAAUAUAUGUAAUAUUUUGCCUAUUUAUUGAAACCUUAGGGCUUCUUAUUCCUGAAAUUUUAACCAACAAAUCUUGUCUGGUCAAGUUAUUUAUAAGCUGACUUGUUUUUGACUUAUUGAUGUUUGCACUUAAACCCAUUCAAUUCACCCGACUAGUCAAACAGCAUAAUAGAUAUAUUAACUCACUCUAAUGGACCCCAGACACCAUUUUGUGAAUCCUUGGUAUAAACAGUCAGGUCAAAAAGUCUGAGUCGACCAUCAAGCACUGCUUUUGAAUCCACCGUUAGAGAACUCUGUUCAUACACACCAUUUACUUCAGUUUAAAUAUAUGGAUCUACCGUACAUGGCCAAACGUAUGUGGACACUUGACCAUCAUUCCCAUAUGUGGUUCUUUCCAAAAACUGGUGCCACAAAGUUUUUAUAUACGCAGGUGUUUAUGGUGUAUGCUGUAGAUUUCACUGGAACUAACAGGCUCAAUCCUGUUCCAACAUCACAAUUCAAACUAUGGUUGCACUGGAAGAACUUGAGUGACUUCCUCAGAGCCUUGAACUCAACCCCACUGAACACCUUUGAGAGGAAUUGGAAGGCUGGCUGCACCCCAGACCUCCUCACCCAACAUCAGUGCCUGAUCUUGCUAAUGUAUUCGUGACUGAAUGGGCAAAUCUAGUGAAAACCCUUCACAGCAGAGUGGAAGUUAUUAUAACAGCAACAUGGGGCGACAUGCAAAAAGAUGUAGGAAGCACAAAUCAGUGUGAUAAUCAGGCAUCUACAGACCUUUGGCCAUAUAGUAUAGUAUAUGAAACAUUUAUAUAGUCACAUAUACAUAUAUACACCCAGAACACACACUGUUAAUUGUCUCUUAAUAACCUGAUCUUGAGUUUAGUUACAGUUUUUUAUGCUUUAUACUUUCCCAUUUGCAGCAUUCGGUCAAUGUCUUUUUUAUAAUUUAUAUAAUAAAUAAUUGUAAUCCUGCUUGCAAAUAGGAUCUGUAGUUCUAUUGAAAUGCUGAAAGCAAUUCUUGGUAGCGGACUCAGACUAUCUCUUGGUAUGUAAACGCUUGAUAAGCUCUUUACAAGCAACAGGUCAAUCAGGAAGCCUUAUUUUUUCAGAUAGGAACUUGGAAAGUAGUCCACAAAACAAGUACACAUUUGUACAUAGUAGCACUCAUCAAACUUUUUCAUGCUAUCAUUCUCAAAUGACAAGCAUAUAACUGCAUUUAUUUAUCUAUUCAUAGCAUAACUGCUAAACUUUUUUUUCUGGUGCUUCAUAUAAAGUAUUUUUAUUAUUUGCUUCCGCUGUUUUUGUAAGCAGAGGAAUCAAACUGUAGCAAAUUCAACAUGCAGUCUAUCCACCCGCUCCCUUAUUUGUGCUAUACACAUCAGUCUUCACAAGUAACACUGAUAUAUUUGUGGAGUUUUGGGUCUUACGCUAGUUUAGGUGUGAACAGCAGGUGGAACAACAUGCCAAGUCUAUAUGUUCUAUAGCCUAUUCUUUUUUUUAACAUGAUUUCUUUUGUAAAUCUGUUUGAUGUUGUAUUAAGUACAGUUUCUGUUUACUGGUUGGUUAUGCAUAAUUUGUCAAACUAAUUUCUAUAAUAAGAGGCAUGCUUUUUUUUUUUUUUUAAUCUUUGUGUUCUUAACUGUUCCUCAGCUGUGAUGUGAACUUCAAACAAAUGUUUUUUUUUGUCCUUGGAACAAUGUAAUGUCUCCUAAACUAUGUUCACUUCUUCCCCGUUAUACAGCGAGAAAAUGAUCACGUUCACACUUUAUUUAAAUUCCUUGAAACUAA